CUCAGAUAUAUUCAUUAUCCUCCACCACAGAAAUUGAAAAUCGUCAAUAACCCUAACAAAUUUUCUAAACCUUUCAUCUUCAAUCCCAAACCCUCGCUCUCAUCUCACAAAACACUGAAUUCAUGGCAAAAAAGAAAGCAGACAGCAAGCCCCACAAACCCCAAGACAAAACCCAUUAUCAUCACCAUCAUCAUCAUCAGACGAUGGCCGACGCUGCUGCUUCUGAGAAUUCUCAGCUUGAUAAUUUGAAAUCACUCAACGCAAUGUUGGUUAAAGAGACCGCUGUGCUCCGUCAACAGGUUGAUUCGUUAGUUCAGUCAAAAGGGUAUUUGGAAUCUGAGUUGAAUCGGUCUGCAAUGGAUAACGCUUCGUUGCAGUCACAGAUGAAUGCGUUGGCUGAACAGGUGUUGAUGGUGGAGAUUGAGAAGGGAUUGGUGUCGAUAUUUGUGACUUCACAUGUGAAUCAACUGGCGGAGGUUGUUGGGAAAGAGAUGGAUGGAUUUUGUAGAGAAAGGGUUGUAAUGGAGGCGAGAAUCGAGAAUUUUAAGGGCGAUAUGAAAAGGGUUUUAGAGGAGAAGAGUGAGAUUGAGAAAUCGAAGGGCGAGAAAGAAUCAGAGAUUGGGGAUUUGAACACAAGAUUAGAACAACUUAUGGCUGAGAUCAACAACGAGAAGGCUGUUGUGUCUCGUGUUUGUGAUGAAAAGGAUGAAAUUAGGGUUCAAUUGGAUGCUAGAAUUCAAGAGGUGAAUGAGUUGCAAUUGAAGGUGACUCAAGCAGACAAAAGGGAAGCUAUGAUUUCGCAGGAUCUUACAGAAUUAAAGGCUAACUAUGAUAGGUUAGUUGAGGAAAACACAGCCAGUGAGAGACGAAUUGAAUCUAUAUUGGCUGAAAAGGACUCAAUUGAGACUAAUGUGGUUGAGUUGAACAUGCUGGUUGAUGAUUCGAAGCAAAAAAUUGCGGAGCUACUCGAACAGAAAACGGCCAUCGAAGGUGAGAAGAAAAAGCAAGAAAGAGAGAAUGAUGAGUUGCAAACUGAAGUGGGAAAACUCGAUGAUUUGGUACAAAGUAUGAGAAUCAAGGAGGGAGCAUUGCUUGAGAAACUUGCUGAUUUGGAGAAGAGAUAUGCUGAAAGUUCCAGCAAGGAGAUGGAUAUGAAGACGGAAAUAGAUAGAUUUGUAGAAGAAAAGAAAGAAACCGAAGAACGAAUUAGCAAUCUGGUUAAUGAGAAGAGUUUGGUGGUGAAAGAUUUGGAGGAUGCCAUGAAAGAGUUAGAGCACCAGAAGCUUGCAAUUGAGAAGAUAGUUCAGAAUAAAACUGAAAUUGAGGAUGCCAAGAUUCAAGGGGAGACUGAAGGGUUGAAGAUGAAGGAACAAUUGAUUGAGUUUCAAGAAAAAAUUUCGUCACUGGAAAACUCUAAAUUGGAUCAAAAUGAAAAACUUGAGCAAUUGCAGUUUGAAAUUAGCCACUACAAAGCUUCAUUUGAUCGAGUUAAGAUAGAGAGAGAUGAAGCUCAAAAGGGUCUUGAAGAAGAAAAAACCAUCACAACAGAUUACAAACAGAGGAUUAUAGGUUUUGAAAAGGAAAUCGAAGAUCUGAAUGAAGAAUUAGGGAAGAUGACAACUGCAAACGGGAAACAUUUAGAAGAGAAAAACGAGUUGGAGAACCGUUGUGCAUCGUUGGUGGAAAAAGUAGCUUCAUUAGAGGCAGAACAUGCGGAAGCCCGAACAGAAUGUGAUGUUACAAAGGAUAAAUUAGGAUUAGCCGAAGCUAAAUCGAACAGGGUUUUGAAAAUCUUGAAGAGAACAGUGUCGGAUAGUGUUGAAACCAGUGAUUUUGAUCAAGAAAACGGUAUGGAUGAAGAGAUGAAAGAUCAUGUAACAGAUCUUGAAGCAAUCAAGGGAGCUUUCAAGGAUAAAGCAAAUAGAAUAGAAGAUAUGAAGAUGCAACUUGAAUUGUUUAAAAACUCCGCUGCUGAAGCCCAUAAAGAGAAGAGCUUUUGGACGAUGGUGUCAUCUGCAACCACGCUUUUAGCUGCUGCUGUUUCUGUGGCGUAUGUCGCUCGAGCACACUGAUUCGAUCCAAGUUUUGAGAUAUCUUGCUUUUGGUAAAAUAAAAUAUGUUUGAGGAGUUGGAUCAAAUUGAUUUCUAACUUUGCAAUUUGUUCAUGAGAUGAGUUCUGGGUUUGAAAAUUACAACUAUUAAUCUGAUAUGGUUACCAUGUU